GGUGGCCCCCCGGGGUCCUCCUCCCGCGGCGCAUUCAGGACUCGAACCGCCGGCUCGUUCAUUUCCAAACCGGCGGGUCCUUUGAGAGACGGGGUUAGACACCACGGUCGCUGCGGAGGCCACCCUUCUUGUAUUCAUAACGACAGUGGCUCCAGGUCGAUCGAUCGGAACGCAGGUUACAGAAAACUUCCUGCGAUUCUGCGGACAGAUGAGAGACUAUCUUCUGCUUCUUGACUUGUUGGCAUUUUCCGUCUCUGACUCAUUUCUUUUUAUUUCACUGUAGAAAAACCUGAGGUGACUUUGAUACGUCCUUUGUUUUUUUAUAUCGUGUCAAAUGUUAAUAUCAAGUUGCAGACGACACCAUAUGCAGUGACUAGAGGAUUGUUAAAUACGGUAUUUUGCUCAGGGGAAGUGCACUUAGAAAAGAGGAGAUGAUAUCCUGCAAGAGGGAUACACCCACUAUCCUGGUAAUGAGAUCUCUCAGUGAAGAUGCCUUUAAAUAUAAUGAUUUUGGAGAAGAUUUUGCUGACAAUGACACAUUGACUCAACAUGUCUUAACUCACACAGGAAAGAAAGAAGAUGUCGGUGAAGAAUUUGGAAAAUCUCUUAGUGAUCAGACAUUUUUUAAUGAGCAGAAGCAGAUUCACCCUAGAAGUAAACCAUAUGAGUGUCACCUAUGUGGGAAAGCUUUCAUCCAAAGCUCUGACCUAAUACAACAUAUUAGAACUCACACAGGAGAGAAACCAUAUGACUGCCAUAUGUGUGGGAAAACCUUCAGUACACGAUCUAACCUUAAAAAACACGAGAGAAUUCACACUGGAGAGAAACCAUAUGCUUGUCAACUGUGUGGGAAAGCCUUUAGCCAGUGUUAUGAACUUAGAAGUCAUGAGAAAACACACACCGGAGAGAAACCAUAUGAAUGCAGUGUAUGUGGGAAGGCCUUUAUUCAAAAGUCUUGCCUUACACAGCACAAUAGAACUCAUACCGGAGAGAAACCAUAUGACUGCCAAAUAUGUGGAAAAACUUUCAGUACAAGGUCUAAUCUUAGAAAACAUGAGAGACUUCAUACUGGGGAGAAACCAUAUAUUUGUCAAGUAUGUGAGAAAGCCUUUAGUCAGAGUUAUGAACUUAGAAGUCAUGAGAAAACACACACUGGAGAGAAACCAUAUGAAUGUCAUAUAUGUGGAAAAGUGUUCAUUCAAAAAUCGUGCCUGACGCAACACAACAGAACUCACACUGGAGAGAAGCCAUAUAAAUGUCAUCUCUGUGGGAAAGCUUUCAUGAAUUGUUCUAACUUGAGACGGCACGAGAGAAGUCACACUGGAGAGAAACCAUAUGGAUGUCAACUAUGCGGGAAGGCCUUUAGUCAGUGCUCUGAACUUAGAGAUCAUGAGAAAACUCACACUGGAGAGAAACCAUUUCAAUGUAAUGUAUGCGGGAAAAACUUCAGUAGAAGUUCCAACCUGAGACUGCAUGAGAGAAUUCACACCGGAGAAAAACCAUAUGAAUGCCAUGUAUGUGGAAAAGCCUUUACUAGGUGCUCUAACAUGAGAUUGCAUGAGAAUUUACACUUAAGAGAAAACAAGCUUGUCAAGUAUGUGGAAAAUCUUUAGUCAGUGUUCUGACCUUAGAAAUAAUGAGAACAAAACAUGCAGUAGGGAGCAAACAUAUGUAUAUGCUAUGUAUGUGCUUCAUUUAUUGCUUUAUUUUAGAUAAUCUGAAAGCACAUGCUAUAUAUGGAAUAAUGGUGAAAGAUACUUCCACCUUCCUUGUAGCAUUCACGGACCCCAGAGGAGUCUUCAGUUAUAGGUCUUAAUAUUAAGCCAAAGAACUCACAAAGGAGAAGAAUUCUGUUUACAUUCAGUGUAGGGAUGUGCCCUGUUAUACAAUUGAUCCUUUCAAAACAAGAUGGAAAGGAGGGAGUCACAGGUGACUCAAGGUCUGUAAAUCACUGUGCAGUAUUAUUUAGCCCGGUGCUAGCCUUUGUGUGCCCAAGGAAACUCCGCAGAGGAAAACCUUCAUGGAUUGAGUUGAAGAGAUAUGUCGAAGUCCUCAUUUCUAUCCCUGUGAAUGUGACUUUAAAAAUAGGGGCUUUCCUUUUUUAAAAUUUUUAUUAGUUGGUAUAAUACUAGAGUGUGUGUAUCCUCUCACAGGAAGCACAGAUACGGAUAGUCUCACCAUGGUAAGACAGAUGCCCUGUUAAGAUGACCUAAAAGCCAAAGUACACCACCACAAAACAUCAGAAUUUGGAGAUGAGGAAAUGUCUUUUAUAGCAGAGAGCAUAGUUCCUUCCGAACACUGAUUUUGGGUUUCUAGCUUUCAGAGCUAUUAGAAAAUGUUUUUUUUCUAAGAACACCCAUUUUGUGGCAUUUCGCUACAUAGCUGCUUUUGAAAACUAAGGCACCACAAAAACAGAAAGGAAAAUAUUAGGACAAAGACUUUUAAGAAAUACUAGGUAAAGUUCAUGGAAAGUCAUGAGAAGUCAUUUGCCCAUAGAGGUGUGUUUUAGAAUGUGAGGAUUCAUGCUACAUAAAACAGAGUUGAAAAAAAGACUUUAGUGAUGACUCAGUGUUUAACUAUCAUGCUCUCGCAUGAGGGAGAAAAUGCAAAAGUCAAAAUGAAAAAUAAUGGCUUGGAUUUCAUACCAGGAAAUUCAGACUGGAAAGAAAAUUGUGAAUGAAUUUUUUAGAAAAAAAAUUUAGCAAAGGAUUCAGAAUUUUUUUUUUUUAAACAUUUUAUU